AUGUCUUCAAAACAAAAGACGCAGAAGAAGCCAAAGGCGGCCAAGGAGGCGCAGAAACAGACUCCGCGUAUGACGGCACCGGAAUUUCUCAUCAGUAUCGGAAGGGCAAUGGCACUUCUGUUAAUUGCAGGCGUUGCAUCUCCCAUUUCGCAGCUCAACUUGUCGCCCGUCUAUGGAUCCAUUCCAGCAUCCCUGCACCACCAGCGGACUAUGACACUCACUGCCGUCGCAGCCCUGCUGGUAAGACGAGGACUCAAGAGCUAUGUGUCUGUGAAUGUUUCCCAGUACAUCGCUGUGGUUGCAUACUGGACGCCUGUUAUACAAUUCCUGCUCUUCCAGUACAGUGAGAAACUCGGUAUUGAGUACGGACCAUUCAUCGUCGAAUCCCUAACAUACUUCCCUCUGCUAUUCCUAUCGGUUUACGGCGCCAUGGACUUCUUCGAUUGCUUCGAUCUUAUUGGAUAUCAGUCAUCACCAUUGAAGGAGGCCAUCAUUCCUACCGCAUCGUACUUUACCAUUUCUACCGUGGCCAAGAUGAGCAGCGCGCUCAUUCCAAACUUCAUCGGCACAUCCAUCUACUUCACCCGCAUUGGAAUGCAGUUGUUGCUCGCAUCUGCCUCUGCUUUCCUCACCCCAUCCCGCGUCAUCGUCUUCGCUUUUCCAGCUAUCCUUCACACACUUUGGGCCAACCCGCAUCAUCCCUCGGCUCACGGCUUCCAACUGGCAAACUCUACUCUCCAAGCCACGCAAAACUUUACAAUUCUUGCUCGCCAAGAAUCAAUCACAGGCUACGUCUCCGUCAUCGAAAAUGACGCAGACAAUGCCUUCCGCCUCCUCCGCUGCGACCACUCCCUCCUCGGAGGCGAAUGGCUCGUAACACCCGACGCCUACUCCAAAGGCCAACGCCAACGCGAAUCCAUCUUCGCCGUCUUCGUCCUCCUCGAAGCCGUCCGCCUCGUAGAACCCGCCGUACCCUCACUCCCCACCCUCCCCGACAGCGAAAAGUCGGCUUUGGUAAUCGGUCUCGGCAUCGGCACCGCACCCAACGCCAUGAUCGCCCACGGCCUCAACACCACCAUCGUCGAGCUCGACCCCGUCGUACACUACUACGCAACCAAGUACUUCAACCUGAGUCCCAAACACACGGCCGUCAUCGACGACGCCACCGCCUACGUCGCCCGCACCUCCGUGUCCGCCCCAGGAAGCUUCGACUACAUCAUGCACGACGUCUUCACGGGCGGCGCAGAACCCGUCUACCUCUUCACCACAGAAUUCAUGCAAGGUCUGUACGACCUCCUUAAAGACGACGGCGUCGUCGCGAUAAACUACGCCGGAGACCUCAGUCUAGGCUCCACCAAACUCGUCCUCAACACCAUCCACGCCAUCUUCCCCGCCUGCCGCCUCUUUCGCGACACGCCGCCGCGCGAAGACCAUAAAGAGGGUGAUGCCGAUUUCAUCAACAUGGUUGUUUUUUGCGUGAAAAGAGAUCAUGAGUUGGGGAAGAAGGCUAUUCGGUUUAGGGAUGCGACGGCAAAGGAUUUGCUGGGUAGUCUUGCGAGGAAUAACUUUUUACAGCCGAGGGAGGCAUUGGAGGUCAAGUAUGAGUUUGUGAGGGAGGAAGAAGGCGGGAAGGUCAUGGGGAAUAAGGAUGUAGGGGCUUUGGAGAAGUUUCAUAAGGAUGGCGCGGUUAGUCAUUGGAGGAUUAUGAGGAGUGUGUUGCCGGCGGGGGUGUGGGAGAUGUGGUAA